GAUGUCUUGCUGCGGCUGUACAGGACAUUGGUGAAGCCACUUUUAGAAUACUGCAUUCACUUCUGGUUGCCUUUCUACAGGAAAGGUGUUGUCAAACUUGAGAGAGUGCAGAAAAGUUUUGCAAGAGUGUUGCCGGAACUAAAAAGAUUGAGUUAUCGGGAGAGGCUGAAUAGGCUGGGUUUUUUUCCCUGGGGCAUCAGAGGCUGAGGAAUGACCUUGUAGAGGUUUAUAACAUAGGGCAUGGAUAGGGUGAAUAACCAUGGUUGUUUUCCUAUGGUUGGGAGCGGGUGGCGGGGACAAUUCCAGAACUAGAGGGCAUAGGUUUAAGGUGAGAGAGGAAAGAUUUAAAAGGAAUCUGAGGGGCAAAUUUGUCACACAGAGGAUGGUGUGUGUAUGGACCAAGCUGCCGGAGGAAAUGGUGGAGGCUGGUACAAUUACAACAUUUAAAAGGCAUCUGGAUGGGUAUAUGAAUAGGAAGGGUUUACAGGGAUAUAGGCCAAAUGCUCACAAACAGGACUCGGGCAGAUUGGGAUGCCUGGUUGGUGUGGCAACUGGAGUUUAUCACCCCAUUCCAACUUUAUUUCAAUCCUGACUUGAUAGUCAAGAAAUAUCAGGUGUGGAGACUACUAACCAACUUUCUCUUCUUUGGGCCAUUGGGAUUUAGCUUUCUGUUCAAUAUGAUCUUCUUAUACAGAUACUGUCGAAUGUUGGAGGAAGGAUCAUUCAGGGGAAGAACGGCUGACUUUCUGCUCAUGUUUAUUUUUGGUGGGUUUUUAAUGACACUGUUUGGAAUCUUUGCGAGCUUGUUCUUCCUGGGUCAGGCCUUCACCAUCAUGCUUGUGUAUGUGUGGAGCAGGAGGAACCCAUUUGUACGAAUGAAUUUCUUUGGGCUGCUAAAUUUCCAGGCUCCAUUCCUGCCUUGGGUGCUGAUGGGGUUCUCGCUGCUUCUGGGAAACUCUGUCAUCGUUGAUUUGUUGGGAAUUGCUGUUGGCCAUAUUUAUUACUUCCUGGAAGAUGUAUUCCCAAACCAGCCGGGAGGAGUGAGGUUGCUGGUGACUCCAAGAUUUCUGUAAGUGUUGCUGAUGUCCUUUAGGCUGACUGCUGUUUGUGUUCAUGCAGUGGACAGUGUGAUUGUUGAGUGGAUCUAACUACCCCAGUAAGUAUGACCAUUCUUCUACCUUUUCAUUGACAUCGUUUGUUACUUUUGUUCAGUAACUUUGUGAACCUCUCGGAGCAUUUUUUCUGAAAGUUGUUUACUGAUACUGGGUUUUAUGGCACUGAUUGAACUCUUCAGUCUAGCUCGAAAGGUUCCCACUGUGAAGUGUGUGUAUGUUGAUGAGCUAGUGGGCGUUGUCAUAGCUGGUACAUGGAGUGUGGGCACGUUCUUUGUCGAGUGUCAUUCAGGUUUCCUUGGUUUUUUCUGGCAGUGCUGUCCUGAUACAAACAAUGUCUAGUACCUGAGAUAGUAGAAACUGCAGAUGCUGGAGAAUCUGAGAUAACAAGGUGUAGAG